UGAGAGAGAGAGAGAGAGAGAGAGGGCCGGGGGGGGGGGGGAAGAAGCUUCUUUCUGCUGCCCUUAAUCUUCCAACUCGAUUUCGCCUGUGGAAUUUGCUUCGAAUGAUUGAUUUAUUCUCUGAUUCGUGGAGGAGUUAAGCUUCAUUAGAGAAUGGCGCGUGUGGAAGAUCUUUGGGAGCGGUUGGUGCGUGCAGCACUGAGGAGGGAACGUACCGGGGCAGACGCAUUGGACCAACCUGCUAGUGGGAUUGCUGGAAAUGUACCGUCUUCCCUUGCAAACGGUAGAAAUAUUGAUGCUAUUUUAAGAGCUGCUGACGAGAUUCAAGAUGAAGACCCCAAUGUAUCCAGAAUACUAUGUGAGCAUGCUUACACAUUGGCACAGAACUUGGACCCUAAUAGUGAAGGCAGAGGUGUGUUACAGUUCAAGACCGGUUUGAUGUCUGUUAUCAAGCAAAAACUUGCAAAAAGGGAUGAUGGAAGCAUAGAUAGGAGUCAGGAUAUUGCUCGUUUACGUGAAUUCUACAAGCAAUUUAGAGAGAAAAAUAAAGUAGAUGAGUUGCGAGAGGAUGAAAUGAAAUUAAGGGAGUCAGGUGCCUUCAGUGGUAAUCUUAAAGCGUUGGAACGUAAAACUGUGAAAAGGAAAAGGUUGUUUCAAACUUUAAAAGUUCUAGGAAUGGUAUUGGAGGAUCUUUCAAAGGAGGUUUCUCCUGAAGAUGCGGAAAGGUUGAUCCCUGAAGAGCUAAAACGAGUAAUGGAAUCUGAUGCAGCAAUGACAGAGGACCUAAUUGCUUAUAAUAUUAUUCCUCUGGAUGCCCCAAUUAUGACGAAUGCUAUCAUGUCUUUGCCUGAGGUACUAGCGGCGAAGUCAGCUUUAAGGUACUUUAGGGAACUACCAAAGUUGCCUGUAGAUUUUCCUGUUGCUGCUACAAGGAAUGCAGAUAUGUUUGAUUUUCUGCAGUUCUUCUUUGGAUUUCAGAAAGAUAAUGUUUGUAAUCAGCGGGAACAUAUAGUGCACCUCCUUGCUAAUGAGCAAUCUCGACUUGGCAUUCCUGAAGAAAUUGAUCCGAAAAUAGAUGAGGCUGCUGUACAGAAGGUAUUCCUGAAGUCCCUUGAUAACUACAUCAAAUGGUGCAACUACUUGAUUAUUUCACCAGUUUGGGGCAAUUUGGAGGCUGUGAGCAAGGAGAAGAAGUUACUAUUUGUUUCUUUGUGGUUUCUGAUAUGGGGUGAAGCUGCCAACGUUAGAUUUCUACCGGAGUGCUUAUGCUACAUAUUUCAUCAUAUGGUAAGGGAACUUGAAGAGAAAUUACGGCAGCAGAUUGCACAGCCAGCAGAUAGUUGCAAAUCUGAGAGUGGAGUAUCAUUCCUUGAGCAAGUUAUUUCUCCUCUAUAUGAAGUUGUUGCGGCGGAAGCUGCUAACAAUGACAAUGGACGGGCACCUCAUUCUGCCUGGAGAAAUUAUGAUGAUUUUAACGAAUACUUUUGGUCACUAAAUUGUUUUGAACUAAGCUGGCCAUGGCGCAAAAGUUCAUCUUUCUUUAUGAAGCCCAAACCCAGGUCGAAGAAUUGGCUUUCACCCAGUGGAGGUCAGGGUCGAGGGAAGACUUCUUUUGUGGAGCACCGAACGUUCCUUCAUCUUUACCAUAGUUUCCACCGUCUGUGGAUAUUUCUUUUUAUGAUGUUUCAGGGACUCACCAUCAUUGCCUUCAACAAAGGGCAGUUCAAUAAGAAGACCAUAAAACAAGUUCUGAGUCUUGGCCCAACAUUUGUGUUAAUGAAGUUUUUUGAAAGUAUCCUGGAUAUUCUUAUGAUGUACGGAGCAUAUUCUACAACACGACGUCUUGCUGUUUCUCGAAUAUUUCUCCGUUUCCUCUGGUUUAUUGCUGCUUCAGUCUUCAUUUCAUUCCUUUAUGUCAAAGCUCUUCAGGAGGAUAUUAAUAAUUCAACUUCAGCAAUUUUCAAGAUAUAUGUCUUUGUUAUAGGCAUUUAUGCUGGUGCUCAGCUUUUCUUUAGUUUCCUUAUGCGAAUACCAGCAUGCCAUAUUCUGACUAAUCGUUGUGAUCGUUGGCCUGUUAUUCGCUUUUUUAAGUGGAUGCACCAGGAACAUUACUAUGUUGGACGCGGGAUGUAUGAAAGGCCAACUGAUUUUAUCAAGUAUGUGCUUUUCUGGGUGGUGGUUUUGGGUGCAAAGUUUUCAUUUGCCUACUUUCUCUUGAUCAAGCCGUUGGUGACACCGACACAAGCUAUAGUAAACUACACUGAUUUACAGUAUUCAUGGCAUGAUUUGGUAUCCAAACAUAACCAUAAUGCUCUGACAGUUGCUACCUUGUGGGGCCCAAUAUUUGUUAUUUAUCUCCUAGAUAUUCAUGUGUUCUACACAAUUAUAUCGGCUGUUGUGGGAUUCUUGCUUGGGGCAAGGGAUCGUUUGGGCGAGAUUAGAUCAUUGGAAGCUGUCCACAAACUCUUUGAGAAGUUUCCUGCAGCUUUCAUGGAGACUCUUCACAUUCCUGUUCCCAGAAGGACUUCCAACCAGUCUCCUGAUUCGGAGGUUAUGAAGAGCAAGGUCAAUGCUGCUCAGUUUUCUCCCUUUUGGAAUGAGAUUAUUAGAAAUUUGCGGGAAGAAGACUACCUCAAUACUUUGGAAAUGGAGUUGCUUCUCAUGCCUAAAAAUUCUGGGAGUCUUCCUUUGGUUCAGUGGCCCCUAUUUCUUCUUGCUAGCAAGAUAUUUAUGGCUAAAGAUAUUGCUGUUGAAAGCAAAGACUCGCAAGAUGAGCUGUGGGAAAGGAUCACUAGAGAUGACUACAUGAGAUAUGCAGUUGAGGAGUGUUACCAGACCAUUAGACUUAUCUUGGAAGAAAUACUAGAUGAUGAUGGCAGGAUGUGGGUAGAGAGGAUAUACGGAGAAAUUCAGGAAAGUAUAUCAAAGAAAUCGAUCCAUGUUGACUUGCAGCUAAAUAGGCUACCACUUGUGAUUUCUAGGGUUACUGCACUCACUGGGAUACUGAGAGAAAAGGAAACACCUGAAUUGCAAAUGGGAGCAGUUAAAGCUGUCCUGGAUCUCUAUGAUGUAAUUCAACAUGAUAUCCUUGUAGUUAAUAGGAGGGGUCACUAUGAGACAUGGAACACAUUAACAAAAGCACGGACUGAAGGUCGCCUCUUUUCAAAAUUAAAGUGGCCCAGAGAUGCUGAGUUUAGAGAAAGAGUUAAGAGGUUACAUUCACUAUUAACCAUCAAAGAAUCGGCUGCUAAUAUUCCAAAAAACCUCGAGGCAAGACGUAGAUUAGAGUUCUUCACAAAUUCCCUCUUUAUGGAAAUGCCUGCUGCAAAGCCAGUUCGUGAGAUGUUGUCAUUUAGUGUUUUUACGCCAUAUUACUCUGAGAUUGUGCUUUAUAGCAUGCCUGAACUGCUCAAGAAAAACGAAGAUGGGAUAUCAGUUUUAUUUUACCUUCAAAAGAUAUUUCCAGAUGAAUGGAAGAACUUUCUUUCUCGAAUCGGGCGAGAUGAAAAUUCUAUUGACUUGGAGCUUUUUGAUAGUCCUAAUGACAUAUUGGAGCUUCGAUUUUGGGCUUCUUAUCGGGGACAGACAUUAGCUAGGACUGUUCGUGGAAUGAUGUAUUAUAGAAAGGCUCUUAUGCUUCAGAGCUAUUUGGAAAGAGGCAGCUCUGGAGAUGUGGAAGCUACACUUUCGAGUAAUGAUGCAACUGACACCCAAGGUUAUGAGUUGUCUCCAGAAGCUCGUGCGCAAGCAGAUCUGAAGUUUACAUAUGUAGUUACAUGUCAAAUUUAUGGGAAACAGAAGGAAGAACAAAAACCAGAGGCUACAGAUAUUGCAUUAUUAAUGCAACGGAAUGAAGCUCUUCGAGUUGCUUUUAUUGAUGAGGUUGAGGCACUACGUGAUGGUAAAGUUCAGAAGGAGUAUUAUUCAAAACUUGUUAAGGCUGACAUCAAUGGGAAAGACAAGGAAAUCUACUCUAUAAAAUUGCCCGGGAAUCCAAAACUUGGUGAAGGCAAACCUGAGAAUCAAAAUCAUGCCAUUGUUUUUACACGUGGAAAUGCAGUUCAAACAAUUGAUAUGAAUCAAGAUAAUUAUUUUGAGGAAGCAUUGAAGAUUAGAAAUCUUCUUGAAGAGUUCCACCGUGAUCAUGGUCUUCGUCCUCCCACUAUUCUCGGUGUCAGAGAACAUGUCUUUACAGGAAGUGUUUCUUCGUUAGCUUCAUUCAUGUCCAACCAAGAAACAAGCUUUGUGACCUUGGGUCAACGUGUUUUGGCAAAUCCUCUGAAGGUCCGCAUGCAUUAUGGCCAUCCUGAUGUUUUUGAUAGAAUUUUCCACAUAACAAGAGGCGGCAUCAGCAAGGCUUCCCGUGUUAUUAACAUUAGUGAAGAUAUUUAUGCAGGCUUCAAUACAACUUUACGCCAAGGCAAUAUAACUCAUCAUGAGUACAUACAGGUUGGGAAAGGACGAGAUGUUGGGCUCAAUCAGAUUGCUUUGUUUGAAGGAAAAGUAGCUGGUGGUAAUGGCGAACAAGUUCUUAGCAGGGACAUUUACAGACUUGGGCAGCUUUUUGAUUUCUUCCGAAUGCUGUCAUUCUAUUUUACCACUGUUGGGUUCUACUUCUGUACUAUGCUUACGGUGCUGACGGUAUACGUUUUCCUAUAUGGAAAAGCAUAUCUGGCACUUUCUGGAGUUGGUGAAGAGAUCGAGACUAGGGCUCACAUAUCACAGAAUACUGCCCUGAGUGCUGCUCUUAAUACACAGUUCCUCUUCCAAAUUGGAGUCUUCACUGCUGUUCCAAUGAUUCUGGGUUUCAUCUUGGAACAGGGUUUUCUAAGGGCUGUUGUUAGCUUUAUUACAAUGCAGCUUCAACUUUGUUCCGUCUUUUUCACUUUUUCUCUUGGCACAAGAACUCAUUAUUUUGGUCGAACUAUUCUCCAUGGUGGUGCAAGGUACCAAGCAACAGGUAGAGGGUUUGUGGUCCGCCAUAUAAAAUUUUCAGAGAAUUACAGACUUUACUCUCGUAGCCAUUUUGUUAAAGGAUUAGAGGUUGUGCUUUUGUUGGUGGUAUACCUUGCAUAUGGAUAUAACCAAGGCCUGUCGUACAUCCUUCUCACUAUCAGCAGUUGGUUCAUGGCACUUUCUUGGCUUUUCGCUCCUUAUGUAUUCAAUCCAUCAGGUUUUGAGUGGCAAAAGACAGUGGAGGAUUUCAAAGACUGGACAAACUGGCUUUUCUAUAGAGGUGGUAUUGGAGUCAAGGGAGAGGAAAGCUGGGAAGCUUGGUGGGAUGAGGAACUGUCACAUAUCCGGACGCUGGAAGGGAGGAUAAUAGAGACUAUAUUGAGCUUGAGAUUUUUCAUUUUCCAGUAUGGCAUUGUUUACAAGCUGCAAGCAUCGGCAUCAGAUACUUCCUUGACGGUUUAUGGCCUAUCAUGGGUUGUGCUGGCUGUGGUGAUAAUUCUUUUUAAGGUGUUCACCUUCAGCCAAAAGAUAUCUGUCAAUUUCCAGCUUGUGUUACGCUUUAUCCAGGGUCUCUCCUUCAUGCUAGCACUUGCUGGUUUGGCAGUUGCAGUUAUAUUUACAAAGUUAUCCGUUGCAGAUAUAUUCGCGUGCAUUCUAGCAUUUUUACCCACUGGAUGGGGAAUUCUUUCUAUUGCUGUUGCUUGUAAGCCUUUGAUGAAGCAGCUGGGACUCUGGAAAUCAAUUCGUUCUAUUGCACGGCUUUAUGAUGCGGGAAUGGGGAUGCUCAUUUUCAUCCCCAUUGCUCUCUUCUCAUGGUUGCCCUUCGUGUCAACAUUCCAGACCCGACUCAUGUUCAAUCAAGCAUUCAGCCGAGGGUUGGAGAUCUCUCUCAUCCUUGCUGGUGACAACCCCAAUUCAGGGCUGUAGUUCUAGCUUCAAAUCUUGUAGCAUCUUUGUAUGUAUGAAAAACCUUCAGUGAGGUAGUCAUGGCUCUGCUGUUUUUUACUGUAUAAUUUCGCUGUGUGGAGGCUCUGUAAAACAUUUUGUUGAUUUACAAUAACAGUUUGGACCUGAGGAUUGGAUUAAUACGAAUAUACUUGUAUUGGAUAUAAGUAGCUUAGCUUUCACCAUCA